AGCUCCUGAGCCCAGAGCUCCAUGCUGAGGGCAGCACAAGCAGGGUUUGGCCAUCUGGAACUGCUGAGGUGGGAAGUUUGAGUGCAAGGUUGGAUGAAGCAGUAGGGACUCCAUAAGGUGCUGAACUGUGCUGGGAGAGGCUGUGGGUCAGAGGAGGACCCACUGUGGUGGUGGGUGCAUGACAGCUGGGCAGGGACAGGAGGGAAUGAGAAGUGCUCAGGGAGGUUGUGAAACCUCCAGCAAAGAUGUUAUGGGAGAGGACUUAAAAUUUCUUUACCUGAGCAGCACUAAAAUCUCAUCUUCAGGGGCUGUGGAAUCAGACCAACUCAGGGCCUCAAGUAGGACACAACACCAGUGCAAAGUUUGUAUGGACAGCUCUUGCAAGAAUGGCUGAAGAAGGGAGAAGUAGUAAAAACUAAUGUUUCCAUGACACUGCAAAGAGGGGAGGGGGAAGUGGUUCAAAUCUGAGUGAUCAUACCCGCACAGAGGAGGUAUUUCCCCCACAAGUGAUUGGCUGCCUGGAGGGUCACGCUGAAAACACCAUGGCUUUUUAAACAGUGGCUGCCCAGCCCAGCGCUUCAGGAUGACACAAGGACUCGAGCUGCAUCCCGUGUCACACCAUCCAGGGGACAACUUUGCCAGGUACAGGCGCUGAACUUCCCAGAAACGCAAAAAAGGUCUGAGUCACCCAUUAUGAGACCCUCAGCCACACCAAUCCUCCUUCCAACCACAGCCAUCCAUGCUCCUGGGACCAACCAGAGCGGGGCUGUGGGACAACCCGAGCCAUCCUACACUGUCCUCAAGUUCAUGGAGAGCUUCUGCCUGCUGAGUGCUGCCUGUGGGAUGGUGGGGAAUGGCCUGGUCCUGUGGUACCUGGGCUUCCGCAUCCGCAGGAACCACUUCACCGUCUACAUCCUGAACCUGGCAGCUGCCGACUUCGGGUACCUGCUGUGCAUCGCCGUGGAGACUGUGCAGUACCUGAUGCAGUUCAACGUGGGGGUGCAGUUUGGGAUAUUCCUCUUCCUGGAUCUCUUCAUGUAUGGCACAGGCCUGUACCUGCUGACGGCCAUCAGCAUCGAGCGCUGCCUGUCCGUGCUGUCCCCCAUCUGGUGCCGGACACACCGCCCAAAGCACCUGUCUGCCGUGGUGUCCGGCCUGCUCUGGGCCCUGUCCCUGCUCCUGAACACUCUGGGAUAUGUUUUGUGCACCGUUCGCCCCUCUCGCAGGGUCUGCCAGCGCCUGCUCAUCACCAUCGGAGCCUUGGAUUUCCUCGUCUGCACGCCCCUCAUGCUGAUCUUCAGCCUCACCCUCUUCCUUCGGGUCAAGUGCAGCUCCCAGUCCUUCCAAACGGGCCGGCUCUUCACCAUCAUCAUGCUCACCAUCCUCCUCUUCCUCAUUUUCGCCGUGCCCCUCAGUGUCCUUAUCCUCCUGGACUUCUUGGGCCACAAGUUCAUGUAUUCCCCAGAGAUUGGCUUUGUGCUGUCCUGCGUCAACAGCACGCUCAACCCCGUCAUUUACUUCUUGGUGGGAAGCUACAAGGAUCGGAAAUUCCGUCUCACCCUUAGGCUGGCAUUCCAGAGGGCCUUCCAAGACUCAGCGGAUGAGAGAGAUGAGCGGGAAACGCGGGACACGAUAACCAUGUCAUCCUAAAAUCCUGCCUGGAAUUUCUUGGUAGAACUGAAGAACUCUGAAGUUCUUGGAAAGGUUCAUCUCACCUGACCCUCAGUACCUUCUUUGUAGAUAUUUUAGGUCAUUAUUUUAAGUCCCCAUCUGUGGCACAUAAGCACCUUGAUCACAGAAGUUACCUGACCUAUAUUUAGGACACAUUAAAAGUUCUUUUCUUUCCAGUGACUUCUAAAUAAUAUUAAUUUGAUAAGGCUGAAGUGUCUUGCUGUCUGAAUUUCAUCAAAGAAAUCCUAUUCGGGAUAAAUCCUUGUCAUUCAUAAACCAUAAAUUCUGUGUUGCUUUUCACUCAAAUCUCUGAAAAUGAAAUAUUUUCAGAUCUCUGAAAAUGGUAUCAACAAUCCUCCUGUUGGAAGCAGACAUAAAAUUCCUGGAAAGUGAAUCCAUCUAUCCCUCUUAACUUAGAAUUCCCAUGUCUGAGCACACACGCAGCCUUUUGUGGCUCACAGAGCUAUUCUAGGCUUCUAAUGUGAGCAUUUCAAGGACUGAAAAGUUUCACAUCCACCAAGUCAUUUUCUUCUCUGAACAAGGGAUGUUUCCACACCACAGAGCAGAAAACUCCUUCCAACUUGCUUAAAAAAUUUAUUCACUGAAUUUUAUGCUUGCUUAUUUUGUAUUUCAAAGAAAUACAUGACUGGAAAUUACUAUUUUAUAUUAUUAUAUUGUUGCAUAUUAUUUUAAUUUCCUCCAGCCCUUGGCAGAGUCUCUGUAUUUAUCUACAUCAUGAAUUGGGUUGUAAUUUCUUCCUUUAAAAGGACAGAUCAGAAUCCAUAGGUUUUAAAUCUCCUUUACCAAUAGAAAUAAAUCAAAUGAUAGUGGGAGAAAUACAGGAAACAGAAUAAGGUAAAUAAAUACCAUGAUUUUCAAAAAAUUAUUCUCUAAAACAAAUCCUUUGACAGGAAAAAUGGGAUUAUUUGUGCUAUCAGACUACCUAACAUUUAUUCUUUUAACCAAAGUUAUUAGAAAAAGUCAAUGUGGGUAAUUUUCUUUGAAAAACCUCACAAUUCAUGUUCAAAAUGUUCUGGUUUUGAUAUCGCAAAUGGCUUUAUCAUUGUGACAAAUGAAACAUUUUUGUAUUGUUAAAAAGACUGGAAUUCUGUUUUUUGUUGGGUUUCUUUUUCCCCAGUGGGAUAAAAAUUGUAUUUAAAGUUGUUUUUGUUGUUAUCAGAUUUAUCAGCUGAUAAAAACACACAGAAUGUAAACUCA